AAAAAAUCUCACUUACAUCUGCUCUAGUACUUCAACAAUUACACUUGUCAAAUUUCAACAUGCCAGUUUUGUAAUUAAUCUAUUGACGUUAGCAUUGUUGUCUCAUGCAUUUUGCCACCAAUAACGUUUAAGUUUGUGUGUAGUUCAUACUUUGAGGUACUUUAACUGCCGUACACUCAAAGUCUCAACAGUGGAAACAGUUAAUGGCCAAAAUAGCAUGCAAAUGUACGUUUGUCCACACACACACACACACACACACAUAGGCGGCGGCUGUUAUUGAUCACAGUGCGCGAAGCAGGAAUCCGAAGAAAUGUGGUGAUGCAGCAAGUGCAGUUGUGCUGGAUCAGCCGGUUUGUUCUCUGUUUACAUACAUUUGGGUUUACCUCAUGGCAGCCACAACAUGUUUCCUUCGAUCCUAGGACCUCAGAUUUCAAGAAAGUCACGGAGUGGCACGCUGCACCAUAACAAGGCUCCUUGGAGAUAGAGGAAUGUAAAUCUGCAAUCAUGAUGGAAGGAUUGAAAAAACGCACCAGGAAGGCCUUCGGGAUACGGAAGAAAGAAAAGGACACUGACUCUUCGGGGUCACCAGACAGAGAUGGUGGAGAGCCCCAAGAGACUGAAUCGCCACAGAAAAAGACCAAUGGGGCUCCAAAUGGCUUCUACGGGGAGAUUGAUUGGGACAGAUAUAACUCGCCUGAGGUAGAUGAAGAAGGAUAUAGCAUCAGACCAGAUGAGGAUGAGGGAGCAGCCCCCAAAGAAAAGUCUCACUUUUUCUCCUCCAGUGAGUCUGAAGAAGAGGAGGACCACCGCAAAAAGUUUAAGAUCAAAAUCAGACCGCUGCCAGCAGACCAUAACAUUGCAGCUCCCUCAGUGGAUGAAUUAAAAGCCUCCAUUGGCAACAUAGCUCUGUCUCCCUCGCCUCUGAAACGCAGUCCGGGGCUGGCAAAAAGAAAUCCCGGUGAAGAAAUUGCACGACCGAGACGUCCUGUUCCAGCGCCUGCACCAGCUCCCAUCCCUUCCCCGACACCUGCACCCCCUCCUGAGCCUGCUAGUAAUAAGAAAUCUCCAGUGCCAGAGGAUGCAACAGCCUUAUUCGGCCCUCCGCUGGAGACAGCCUUUGAUGAGCAGAAGACCACUGAAGUGGUGAUAGAGGAACCUGAGGUUUGGGGUGCACCCCUGCCUGAGCAACACCUAGACUCCUCUCUGGCAAGACCUUUUCCUACAGAAACUCUGCCUCCGCUUCCACCUAAGAAUGUGCCGACCUCCCCCCCUCCGAUUGAAUCUCCUGCUACAGAACCUACCGAAAUCUUAAUUGAGCUUGAUGCAUGUUACUCUUUGAAUGGCUUUGCUUUAAUGGAAUACUCUCGCUCCACAGGCUCCUCCUCUCCUGCACGUCCUUCUUCGCCAUUAGCUACCAGCAGCUCUCCUCCUCCCCCUCCCCCUCCCCGGCCACCUUCACGACCAAAACUGCCUCCUGGAAAACCAAGUGUAGGGGACGUGAAUCGGCCAUUCAGCCCCCCUGUACACUCGUCAAGUCCCCCUCCUUUGGCUCCGUUGGCCCGUGCAGAAAGCACCUCUUCAAUCUCCUCCACCAACUCUCUGAGUGCAGCCACCACUCCCACCGUCGGUAAAGAGCUCUCCGUGUCUGUGUCAGAAGAUGACGCUUUUGUAGACAAACUUCCCAGCUUUGAGAGAUGGGCAGACAUGCCAGCAGAGACAGACCAGCCCUCCCUCGUGUGGUUUGACAGAGGCAAGUUUUAUUUAACAUUUGAAGGCUGUUCUCGAGGGCCCAGUCCCCUCACCAUGGGGGCCCAGGAUACACUGCCUGUUGCUGCAGCUUUCACAGAGACAGUUAAUGCUUACUUCAAAGGAGCUGACCCCAAUAAGUGUGUGGUGAAGAUCACUGGAGAGAUGGUGUUGUCCUUCCCAGCAGGCAUCACACGGCAUUUUGCAAAUAACCCCUCACCUGCUGUGCUAACCUUCAGCAUAACCAACUACAGUCGUCUGGAACACGUCCUUCCUAACCCUCAGUUACUGUGCUGUGACACCACGCAGCCCAAUCCAAACUCAAAGGAGUUCUGGGUGAAUAUGCCGAACCUGAUGACCCAUUUAAAGAAGGUGGCGGAGCAGAAACCACAAGCAACUUACUACAAUGUAGACAUAAGAGUACUUGAAGUGUUACAGAAGGGUCUACAGUCCACUCCUCUAAAUCUAGCAGUGAGCUGGAGGUGUGAGCCCACCAGUACUGAUCUGAGGAUAGACUACAAAUACAACGGUGGUGCCAUGACCACUCCUGUCACACUCAACAAUGUUCAGUUCCUCAUCCCUGUGGACGGAGGCGUCAGCAAACUGCAGGCUGUGCUUCCUCCAGCUGCCUGGAAUGCGGACCAGCAGAGAAUCUUAUGGAAGAUUCCAGAUAUUUCUCAGAAGGCUGAGAAUGGAGGUGUGGGAUCUCUGCUGGCCCGUUUCCAACUGACUGAGGGUCCCAGUAAACCCGCCCCGGUGGCAGUGCAGUUCACCAGUGAGGGCAGCACUCUGUCAGGCUGUGACAUUGAGCUGGUUGGCCUUGGAUAUCGUUUUUCCCUCAUCAAGAAGAGGUUUGCAGCAGGAAAAUACAUGGCAGACAACUAAACAACGCCAUGCAAGUCUGCAUAUUUCAGACCAAUUCUGAAUAUUUAAAACACAGGACAUGACCCCAACCUGACAUUUGUAGAUGUACAAUACAGGUGGACCUCACACACACACUCCAGAAGUAUUAUUGUAAAAUUGCAUUGUAAAAUGUGGACCGUUUUAGGGUGUACUUCUUAUAAUUGUGAACUGUAUUCACUUGGCAACAUCUGUAUUAAGGCAGUUAAACGACCUGGGUUUGUUCAUAAGGUUAAGCCUCUAUUUCUGUUCGACGUGUUAUUGGCUGUGCCUACGUGAACCUGAAUUCUCUGUAUCCUUCUCUAAAAGUGAUACUGAACAUGUGAUGUGUUUAUUACUCUAUGCAUUCAGUUUGUCAAAAGUAUCACAUUUUCGAACAAGGUAGCAAAAUAGUACGAUGAACAAAAGAGGAAUGAGCCUCUGCCACAAGAUGGCGCUAUACUGUUGCAUGUAGUAUGAGGUCUGCAUCGGAUUUUGGUAUUGUUCAAGCUUAUUUAGUUAUGAAAACGUAUUCAGGAAUAUCUCAUUUAAAUUUACACACCGCAGUCAGGUUCAUUAAAUGGAAAAUGAUAGAAAUUAUAUUUUGUCAAAUCUGUUUUUAGACAGCCUCAGCUUUAAAAAUCUCCUGCUUGCAAUAGACUCACAAAAAAAUGAUUUUCCUCAACAGAAAACCAUUUUAAAUUGAAAAUAUAUAUCUUGAAGGCCGUUUGGUGUUUUCUUGUGUUGUUAAAUAGCCUUUCUGUUGUUCCCGAAGGAACAGUGUUAGACUCAGAGUAGCUACAUGACAUAAUUCUAUUAAUUUUUUCAUGAUUUGUUGUAUAAAAAAAAAACAAGUUACACUGUAUAUGAAUAGACUUUGAAUGGUAUCAUAAUUUAGGAUCCUUGAAGUUUUUGACUUUUUGUUAUCUGUGUAGUUGGGUAAGCUGUGUACAGUAUAAUGCCGAGGUAUAAUUUUUAAAUUUAUUUCAGAUAUAAUUUUUUUUAACUCAAGUGCAACAGAAAAUUUAUGCUAUAUUGGGUCAGGGGGUGACAUUUAAAAGAGAAAAUGAAACAGGAUACUGUAACUACCUAGAUGCGUCAUGCUUGAUGUUAUUACAGUGUUAUGUAUAGCAUUAGUUCAACAUGGAUUGUCAGCUUUUGGACAUUGUAAAUUCUUUUAUCAUUCAUGCAGAUGUGUUUGUAUCCAGCCUCUCCCCCGCAGCACAUGUUAUUGAGUGUCCUGAGCAUGAGCCCCUGCGCUUCAGAACAUCUUUAUUUUGCAAAUGGUAACGGUCUCUGUGAGAUGACAAGGUUCUCGAGUGGUUAAAUGACCAAAAUCGCUUUUUCUUUUCUUUUCAUUUGUAUAUGUAUCUCAAGAAUUGUCCUUUAAGAGAAAAUAAGCUGCAUAUUUUUUAAAUGUUUAAACCUAUGAAUAAAGUGAAAAAUAUUGUUUCUUGUGGAAAAAAAAUUAAAAGGAAAAAAACACUGUGUUACUGUUUAACUUCCCAGAUGCUCUGAUGUUCAAUGUCAAGAACAAACAUUUUGGUUACAUCUUUGAGUGUCUGAUGUAGACGUUGUGAUGGUUUGGAGAAGAAUAUACUGGUGCUUUGUGAUUCAUAGGUUUCCAUCCACAUUUAAGGUUAAGGAUGAGCGCCGCCAUCCGUAAACACCGCAUUGCAUAUUUUCUGAGCACUGUAUCUAUAGGGUUUUUUAUUGCAGAGUUCAAUCGAAGAACAAUUUGAGUCUGUCAGCUGAAAGAAAAAAACCUAUGAAUUCAAUUGUGUAUAAUGCUUAAUCAGUAUGUCUACAUGGUUUAAAGUGAAACGUCACUCAGCUGCGAAAAAGAAAUGAGAAAACUCAUGUCAGUUUAGAUGUAGGUGGAGCUGUGUGUGAAUGUUGAAUUGCGUUUGGGUGUGUGUGUGUGUGUGUGUGUGUGUGUGUGAAGUUGUGUAUGUGUAGGAGCAAGAGUU